UCUCUCCCUCCUCCUCCUCGUCAUUUCUCCCCUCUCCUCCUGAGCUCAACCUUUGCUCUUCAGUCUCGGUUCUGGGUGUGGGUCACCCUCCCAGGCUGACUGGAAGCAGCAGCAGCAGGUUUGAUUCCUCCAGAAGCAGAUGGUUGGUGUGGGCUGGUUGAUAUCCAGAGAUGGAUCCAGAACUGUGGGUCACCCUGAACUCCUAUUAGACUGAAGGAAGAUGCAGCAUCAGCGGCUGCUCUGUCUGCUGCUGUGCGGUCAGAUCGGCGCCUCUCAGCUGCUCCGGAACCUAAAGUCCAGCUUGGGCCCUCAUUAUGAAUCCACCACCGCCGACAGGAAUGCGCAGGGCAGCCGCUGGCGCACAGUCAGCUGGUGGGACGAUGGAAGAACUUUAGCCAAAGUCCAGCUGCCUGGUACCGUAAACCCAGAACCAUCCGAACCGCUGGCAGCGAAGCUCCGAAGGUCUGCGCGUAAAAGCUCAGAUUUACGCACAGAGGAGAGAAAAGGCGGCGGCUCUGGGGGAGGAGAACAACCCGCGCUGGGAGCUGAACGCGUCGGUGGAACCGAUGAUCCGGAGAACAGGCCGAACCGGAGGAGACGGAAUGAGCCGCUUCUGGACCGACCCAAAGCUCUGCCUGUGUCCAUGGCGCAGGAACAGGACGCACUGUCCCCCUUGGUGUCCAACAGCAGCUAUGAGGAGGAGGACACCACCCCGCUGGGCCCGGUCACCCCGCGGACCAGACCCAAACACAUGAGGAACCCCUUCUACCCGCUCAGUGCGGCGUCCUGCGGGGCUUAUGCGGUGCUGAUGGCGGCCGUCGUCAUCUUCAGCGCGGGGAUCCUGGCCAACAUGGCGCUGAUGUGCAUAGUGUGCCAUAACUACUACAUGAGGAGCAUCUCCAACUCCCUGCUGGCCAACCUCGCGCUCUGGGACUUCAUCAUAGUCUUCCUCUGUCUGCCGCUCGUGGUUUUUCACGCGCUCACCAGGAACUGGCUGCUGGGAGAGUUCUCCUGCAGGAUCGUCCCCUAUCUGGAGGUGGCGUCUCUUGGGGUCACCACCUUCACGCUGUGCGCUCUGUGCAUCGAUCGUUUCCGUGCAGCCACCAAUGUGAAGAUGUACUAUGAGAUGAUUGAGAACUGGGCAUCCACUACAGCCAAGCUGGCCGUCAUCUGGGUGGGUGCCCUGCUGCUGGCUCUACCGGAGCUGCUGCUUCGGCAGCUGGUGACGGAGGACGGCGACCCACCGGACGUGGCACCUUGUGAGCGCUGCGUGGUCCGGAUCUCCACUGAGCUACCAGACACGCUGUACGUCCUGGGCCUCACCUACGAUGGUGCACGCCUCUGGUGGUACUUCGGCUGCUACUUCUGUCUGCCGACGCUGUUCACCAUCUGCAGCUCUCUGGUCACGGCCAAGAAGAUCCGAGGCGCUGAGCGAGCAUGCGUAAGGGGCAGCAAGAAGCAAAUCCAGCUGGAGAGCCAGAUGAAUUGUGCUGUGGUGGCGCUGGCCAUCCUCUAUGGCUUCUGCAUCAUCCCCGAGAACAUCUGCAACAUCGUCACUGUUUACAUGGGGGCUGCCGUGCCUAGGAGGACCCUGGACAUCCUGCAUCUGGUCAGCCAGCUGCUGCUGUUCUGUAAGUCUGCACUGACGCCCAUCCUGCUGUUCUGCCUGUGCCAGCCAUUCACCAGGGCCUUCCUGGAUUGCUGCUGCUGCUGCUGGGAGGGGUGCGGCCCCCCUCGUAACGGCGACGUAGAAAACGAAGGAACCCCCACUGAGCUGGAGCUCUCCCCGUUCAGCACCGUCCACGGGGAGCCCUCCACCUCAGCGGCGUACACGGUGUUGGGGACCCACUGCUGACCGACUGGUUGGAUUCUGAGAUGUGGAGCUUCUUCAUGACAGCAGAUGGACUUGUGAAGUCUGUCAUGUCACACUGGAAAAAAAAUGAAAUCUAGAUUAAUAAGUAGUCAUUUUUUCUUAAAGAAAGUGAUUUUGUUCUUGAAUUGAGGAGAUAAAAAUUAUAUUUUGAAAAUAAAAUAAGACAAUUUACAUUUGA